AUGAAGGCCUCGCUUUUCUCUUUCGUCGCUGCUCUCGCUGGCACGGCGACUGCCCAAGUCCAAGGCAAGGCUUUUGGCUUUGCUGCUGGCACUACUGGCGGUGGCUCGGCGACGCCUCAGACCCCAUCGAGUAUUGCUCAACUGAAGGAAUGGCUCACUGACAGCACACCGCGGACGAUCAUGAUCGAUCGUACCUGGGACUUCCGCAACACCGAGGGCACAACUAGCGGCCAAUGCUGCAGUGACAACCGCACCACCAAGUGCCCCGGCGGUACUUCCAAGGGCCAGCUCUGGAUCCUGGACACGUGCGAUUCUGCCAGUGGCACCUGGGAGUCUUGCACCUAUGACAACGCUGCUAAGACCCCGAUAGACGUGAACAGCAACAAGAGCAUCGUCGGCGUCGGCACCAAGGGCGUUAUCAUCGGCAAGGGCCUGCGUGUCCGUGGCGGCGCAAGCAAUGUAAUUAUCCAGAACAUCCAUAUCACCAACCUUAACCCGCAGUACGUUUGGGGCGGCGAUGCCAUUACUCUCGAUGGCUCAGACAAGAUCUGGAUAGACCACUGCAAGAUCUCCCUCAUCGGCCGCCAGUUCAUUGUGUCCGGCUGGGGCGCAGCAGGAAAGGUGACCAUCUCCAACACCGAGUUCGAUGGUGUGACGGAGUGGUCGGCCGGGUGCAACGGCAAGCACUACUGGACGGCCCUCCUGAUCGGGGCCAAGGACUACUACACGUUCGCCGGCAACUGGCUGCACGACGUCUCAGGUCGGGCGCCGCACAUGGGGACGACGAACACGGCCGGUAGCGAGAACCUCUUCCACGGUGUGAACAACUACUUCCAGAACAUCGGGGGCCACGCCUUCGACAUUGACGGAAACACCUGGGUCCUGAUCGAAGGCAACUACUUCGACUCCGUCACCACCCCGAUCACACCCGCAACCCUGACCAACGGUGGAAAUGUCUACAUCGUCAACACCGUCGCCGAGGCAUCCGGCUGCACUUCUUCGCUGGGCUACAUUUGCGAGUGGAACCGCGCCUCAAACUCGGGAACCGUCAGCACAUCGACCAGCUCUGCUGCGCUGUCCAAGCUGGGUGGCUUCAAGUCCUCGCUUAUCGGACAUAUCGGCGUCGCAGACGUCCCUGCCAAGGUCAAGGCCAACGCUGGUAUCGGCAGGACUACCAGCACAAACUCCUAA